AUGAUCCCUGAUGUCAGUAAGUCCUGCAUUCACAACAUUUGGAGAGACAGCUUAGGAUAUGCCAAGGUUUGUACUUGGUGGGUCCCGAUAAUGCUGACGGAUGACAACAAAUGGCAACGUGUGGAAGCAGUCCGCGAAUUUCUCCAUGCCUACGAAACCGAUGGCGAUGAAUUUUUGGACUCUGUUGUCACUGGGGAUGAGACCUGUGUUCACUACAUGACACCGGAAACAAAAGAACAAUCCUGUCAGUGGAAACAUCCAGGCUCGCCGAAGCCAAAGAAGUUUAAGGAAAUUCGGUCAGCCAGCAAAGUGAUGGCGAAUGUCUUUUGGGGCAGGGAAGGGUUGCUGUUGUGCGAAUUCCUGCCUACGGGCACAACAAUUAAUGCUGAUCGCUACUGUCGGACGUUUAAGAACCUUCGGUGCGUGAUUAAAAACAAGAGGAGAGGCAUGCUCACAAUUGGAGUGCGUCUCCAUCAGGACAACGCUCGUCCACACACCGCCCGUGUCAAAACUGAUCUCAUCAACAGAUUUGGAUGGAAUACUGUCACACAUCCCCCUAACUGCCCAGACUUGGCCCCAGUGAUUACAAUCUCUUCCCUGAAUUAA